CUCAGCCUGUCGCGCCGCCCGCGCCGCCCGCUCCCGGCGCUCGACCCAGCACGUCGGCUCCGGAGCGGCCGUGGGCAGCGCGGGCCCGCGGCAUUAGAGUCCGCCGGCCUCGGACCCGCGUCCCGCACGGGGACUGUCCCGGCUCCGGCCAGGGACCGACAACUAGAGACGGACUCCGGACUCCGAGGACACUGAAUUGAGAGGCUGGAUUCCCUAAAGCAACAGGCAGCAGAGAAGACCUGGACCAUUUGCGGCUUGGGUCACCUCAGAGCCUUACAGAGGAGCCAUGGGGGUGCUGAUGUCCAAGUGGCAGACCGUCGAGCAGGUGCAGAAGGUGAGCCUGGCUGUGUCAGCCUUCAAGGACGGACUACGGGACAGGCCUUCCAUUAGACGUGGGGGUGAGCUACCAGGGUCCCGCCGCGGCACUGUGGAGGGCUCUGUUCAGGAAGUACAGGAAGAAAAAGAAGCAGAGACCAGUGCCCUGGUGGUUCAGGAAGAGAGCAGCAUCAACCGUGCAGCCUGGGAGCGGCUCCGAGAUGGGCGUGGAGUCGAGCCUGAGGAGUUUGACAGGACCAGUCGAUUCACACCCCCUGCCUUCAUCCGACCCACCCGGAAGCUGGAUGACGACAAACCUCCAGAUAUCUGCUUGGAUCCCCGGGAGCCUGUUGUCAACGAUGAGAUGUGUGAUAUCUGUGAAGUCUGGACCGCCGAGAGCCUCUUCCCAUGCCGCGUCUGCACCAGGGUCUUCCACGACGGCUGUCUGCGCCGCAUGGGCUACCUCCAAGGAAGCAGUGCAGCGGAGGUGACAGAGAUGGCCCACACCGAGACCGGCUGGAGCUGCUACUACUGUGACAACCUUAACCUGCUGCUCACCGAGGAGGAGAUGUACAGCCUCACAGAGACCUUUCAGCGGUGUAAAGUCAUCCCUGAUUGCUCCCUGACCCUGGACGACUUUGUGCGCUACCGCCACCAAGCAGCAAAGCGAGGGGAUAGCAACAGGGCCCUGAGCGACGAACAAGAGGAACAGGCAGCCCGCCAGUUUGCAGCCUUGGACCCUGAACACCGAGGCCACAUAGAGUGGUCCGACUUCUUGUCCCAUGAAUCUCUCCUACUGCUGCAGCAGCUGCGUCCCCAGAACUCUCUAUUGAGGCUUCUCACCGUCAAGGAGCGGGAACGAGCCCGGGCCACCUUCCUGGCGCGGGGCAGCGGGAGCACCAUCAGUGAAGCAGAGUGCCACCAUGCCCGGCACUCCUGGUUCUGCAAACGCCUUGCAGAGGCAUCCUCCUGCAGUGUCAGCAUCAGCCACGUGGGUCCCAUAGCAGACAGCAGCCCAGCCGGCAGCAGUAGCAAGAGUGAAGAUAAGACCCCGCUGCCCUCAGAGCAGGAGUCCAGAUCUGUGGACUGGCCCACUUUCCUAAGAGAGAAUGUCAUCUACAUCUUGGCUGCUCGCCCUAACAGUGGAGCGAUUCACCUGAAACCCCCAGGAUAGUGUGGGGCAGAGAGGAUUAGUUCCGGGACGGUGGCAUCUUCCCCCUCCUCUCCUUUCUCUUUCCUCAACCAACCUCUGGCACUGAGGCUCACAGGAAAGGGGCACUGCCAGCAUCUUAAUUUGUCACUAAGUUCUAUGGCACUGAAGCCACCGUUCCCCUGCCAACAGAGGCAGUCUGUGGAAUGCCACACUGAGAAGCCCUGAGAGCUGUGGCAUCUUCACCUGCUACUGGACCACCUCCCGCCCUCUGCCACCUCAUGCGUACAUAUAUGUGCACCUGCACAUGCAGCCACAUACAUGCCUAGGUAGCCAUGCCUUCAAACUCCUGGUUCUUUUUUCAAUGAAAAAGGACCAAAAUCCCUUUGUGAACCCCCUGGUAUAGAUGAGAGGGUCUCGUCUCACUCUUUCUAUUGGCCAGUUCUGAUUUCCAGUAGAAAGGAAGGGGCAGACUAGCCUCGCUUCCCCUCCAAGAGAUGCCCAGAGGCCCCCUGCCCACAUUGAAACCCCCUUCUGUGAUGAGCCGCUGUUGCUCGUGAGUGUCUGUGUGUCCCUCAGGUGUGCUGUGGGAGAACAGUGAAAAUUCAUCCCUCAAGUUCGUGUUUAAACUCUAAUUCCUCAUGACAGAAGAGGAAACUAGCUUGUGGGUUUCUCACUGCAGAAAGUGGAGACAGCCUCUCCCAGAGACCCAGAAUUCUAGGAACUUUUCAACUAGGUCAUCCAGCUUCACAAGCCGUUAGCAGACCAGGAAAACCAAGGUGAGCCUCCUGGCCCCUACUUAUUGAAUGGUAUCGCAUGGUCCAAAGCUCUAGGGACACGAGUGGGACAGAUGCACUGGCAGGAAUUGCAGCCCUCUGUGGGAGAUGCUUCACUGGCUGCCACGGAGGUCGAUGAGGAUACAAUCCCGUGGGAGAGGAGAGAAGAGCAGGCUUGUCCUGCUUCCCAGCCCAGCUCCACCGCAGACAUAGAAAUGUGGCAUUGUGUGGAGGGCAGGCCGGCCUCGGCCAUAGCCUGGAGGAGCCCUGUGGAAUCCCUAAGCCGUCGUGCUGAAUCAGAAGAGGAUACGGCUAAGGCUUGCGAAGAUUUGUAUCUCAACUGUCAAGAAGUCCUAGUCAGCAUCCUAAGGGGGAAGAGUUUGUCCUUCUGCCCAUCAUGGAGUUGUAGCCUCAGCUGCUGCUUCUCUCUGCUGCUAACUCAUGUCUUCCCCGCCAGGCUAGGAGCUGCAGCUAGCCUGAGAAGCUCUGUGGACCAGCAGAGAGUGCCACAGGUGCACCAGGGUUGGCCAGCAAGCUUUACCCAAGCCCAUUGCCCAGUUCUGAAGCUCUCAAGUCAGUACAUGACGUGGGUCAGCCCUUAGUAUAUGGCGUGGGUCAGCCCUUAGACCUGGGCUCCAGGUUCUGGAUUUCUGUUUUCAACCAGAUGACUCAGGUAUAGCCAGUUCUGACAACGAAGGGUUCUUCAAGAAAGGGUUGAGCCAAGUCAUGCAGAAGCUUGCAUUAUCUCCAUUGCUCAAAUCCCUUGUACUAAAGUGGAUGGUUACAGAAGGAGCCCAUCACCCAGUGAUGCUCAGGUGAAGUGGGAAAUGAAGCCAGGGCCUUGCCUAGAGUCCUGGGUGGUCUGUUUGUAGGAACCGCCUGCCCCAGAAGCAGGGUGGUAAACUGCUGGAGACAGAUUAUGUAGGACUGAGAUGUUACAGAUAGAAGAUACAUUUUGGGGUUCACUGUGAAACCCACAGUUUUUUAAAAACUACUACUUUUAAAGCUGGGUAUGGUGGUAUAAACCCUUAAUCCCAACA